GCAGUGCACACAGCAAACCCGCGCACUUACGUAAGGACAUCCAUGGUAUCCAAGCUCGUAACUAUGAACCUCCUCUUAAACAACAUGGCGCAUGUGUACAGCUGCGCUGCAAAUAUAGACGAUACAUCCAGUUAGGUGGGAAAUGAGCCAUUUAUGCUCACCUAGCACCUAAAAUAGACUUCGGCGACACGAUCGGAUGCAGACGCUCGCGCCUGUUUACUUUGACAAACAGCAUCAGUCUCUGCGCGCUUUGACAACUUUGCGCGAGCUCACCUGUUUACCAUGAAGACGAGAGAGCCUUUCAGGUCCUGAACCGUUACUUCGUUUCAGAUCGAAUGUUUUGUUACUGCGGGUACCGUGUAUGCGGGUACUGUGAGUUCUUUUAACUUGUUUUAGUUAAGAAAAAAGCACAAAAAAGCUAUGUGACUGCGACCUUAACCAGACUUCAACGGAUGAAGAAAUGCUACUCAACAUUAUGAGAGAAAACAACACACAACUGCACCAGGGGGAAAGGGAGAGAGAUAGACUCCCUCCAAUUUCAAAUCAUUCCUCUGGUACUGAUCGUGGACCAAAGCAGCCAUAUCCUUCCCUCAAUUUAAUCUCAAACCACAAAAAGGAGGCUGGUAGCCACAGCUUCUCCUCCCAGUUUAUUCUUCCUGGCAUACGGCAUGGCAGAGAUCUUCCCCCCAUCUGUCCUGAUGUCAGACAAAAGCAUCAACAUCGCAUCACCAUUGACAUUCUGUCUCCUGAGGUCAGGGCUCGCUUUGCCUCCGAUCCUGUCAUCCCCAUCCGCACCAAGACAGCCAAAGAGUUUCAGGAGGACAUUGAGAGGGCCACGGUCUCCGGCGAUUGGAAACACGUCCAUGACUUCUACUUGACCACAUUCGACUCCUUUUUGGAACUGAAUGCUGCCUUUAAGAAAGAAGCAAACGCUCCGUUCAACACGAUUGAAGACUCAGGAAUCAAUACCAAAUUUGUCAAUGCUGUCUAUGACGCGUUAUUGCUCACGCCUCCUGAUACCCAGAGAGCAGUGCUGAAGGGGAUCAUUAACAGCUUGUUAAGAGAAUGGAAGGGUCGACGGACGAAGGAUGACCUGAGAGCGUAUUUCAUUCUAGUUCAGAAUCCUCAGUGCACCAGCCCAGCCACAUAUGUCAUCUAUGCACACUUACUGAGGCAAAUAGCCGCGCUGGCUGAAGCAGACCAUAAUUUCCUGAUGCACUGGUUUAAGAAGCUGUCCCAGAAACGAUUCAAACAGCUGGUGGAGCGGCUCCACUUCUUCAUCUCCACCCGUCUGUUCCCAGCCAAGCCUGAGGAGCUGCCCCCCAUGGCCAAGUGCUACUGGUGGAUCCCCUCCGCCACCAAGGUCCUCUCCCUCCUCAAUGCAGCCAAUAGCAUUUCAUGCACUCCCUUCAUGCCCUUUGUUGACUUCUACAACCUCACACUGGACCACACUGACUUCAUGGAGGAUUAUCACACAUGGCAGACUCAUGGAAACUCUACCAGGUUUACAUUCUGCCAGUUCCCCUUCAUUCUAUCCACGGUGGUGAAGAAAGCAAUCAUCCAGAAGGACUCGGAGCAGCAGAUGAUCAGCAUGGCCAGGCAAAGCCUAGUGGACAAAGUGUCUCGCAGACAGCGAGUUGACAUGAGCCUGCUGUUUCUCAACAUCAAAGUCAGGCGGCUGCAGCUGGUCAGUGACUCACUGGAUGAGCUUGCUAGAAACCGAGCAGACUUGAAGAAGAAGCUGAAAGUGACGUUUGUGGGGGAGGCUGGUUUAGACAUGGGCGGUCUGACCAAGGAGUGGUUUCUCCUUCUCAUCCGGCAGAUCUUCCAUACAGACUACGGCAUGUUUACAUUCUUCAAGGAUUCCCACUGUCACUGGUUCAGCAGCUGGAAGUGUGACAACUACUCCGAGUUCCGAUUGGUCGGAGCCCUCAUGGGCCUGGCCGUGUACAACAGCAUCACCCUGGACAUCCGCUUCCCUCCCUGUGUCUACAAGAAGCUUCUGACCCCGCCAGUGGUGCCGUGUGACCCCGAUACCCCCGUUGGCAUGGCGACCCUCACCCUGGACGACCUGCAGCAGGUCAUGCCUGAUCUUGCUCAUGGGCUGGCAGAACUUCUCAGCUAUGAAGGCAAUGUGGAGGAGGACUUCUGCACAACUUUUCAGGUGUCGCAGGAAGAACUAGGUGUGAUCAAGUCCUACAAUCUGAAACCAGGAGGAGAUAAGAUUCCUGUCACCAACCAGAACAGGAAGGAGUAUGUCCAGCUGUACGUAGAUUUCCUGCUGAAUAAGUCCAUUUACAGGCAGUUUGCUGCCUUCUUCUAUGGCUUCCACAGUGUGUGUGCCUCCGACGCCUUGUUGUUGCUGAGGCCAGAGGAGGUGGAGAUCCUGGUGUGUGGCAGUCCCAACCUGGACAUGAGCUCUCUGCAGAAGGCAGCCCAGUAUGAGGGCUACAGCAAGACUGACCCCACCAUCAGGGCAUUCUGGGACGUGGUGCUGGCCUUCCCCCUGGAGCUCCAGAAGAAGCUGCUCCAUUUCUCAACAGGAAGUGACCGUGUCCCCGUGGGAGGAAUGGCCGACCUCAACUUCAAGAUCUCCAAGAUUGAUGCAUCCACCGACUGGUUGCCUAUAUCUCACACAUGUUUCAACCAGAUCUGCCUGCCAACAUACAAAAAUAAAAAAGAACUGAAGCAGAAGUUAACUAUUGCCAUUUCAAAUGCAGAAGGGUUUGGACUGGAGUGAACUCUGAUCUACAAACCACAAUGGUGGAACUGUAAUUUAUCUUGAUUUGUGGUCAGUAGGGUGUGUACAUUUGGAUAUGUUCAGACAUGCUAUUGGUAUACCAGUAAGCUCUCCGCUUCAACUGUUCUUAGCAAUUAACUUAACCAAUCUGUUUGUAUAGAAAUAUGAGUGAAACGUUAUAUUACAGGUAAAGCUUUCAGAACACUUGUUUGUGCGCUCAAUACCUUUGCCUUUUGGAAAUCGAAAUGGACAUGGAAAAGGUUCUGCCCAGUCCAGUAACAAUGAAGUAGUUUAUUAAAGUAAGGGGUUGAAUGUAGGUUAGAUCCGGGCUGUUUUGGACUGUGCUAAAAUAUCUAGACAGUCUGUCAGUACUGAGGUGUAGGUUCUUAGUGACAGAGCCCAUCUCUCUUCCUGAACUGAGUACCUGUACUCUCUCUUUGACGAAAGCCUUUUCAGGCUUAAGAUUGAACUCAUUCUGAGACUGUUGGUAAAUUAUGAACACAGAGAUUGUCUCCUUGGUAUUUAUACUAAUAUAUUUUGUUGUCAGAGGUCUCAGUGGUUUUAAAACAUUUGGAAGAAGUUCCUGUUAUUUGUGAGCAUACUUUUUAGACCAUCCUUUCAGGAUGUUUUAAUGUAGAGCCUGAAAGGGAAUCAAGCUUCAGUAGGGUUUAAUCAUGUUACAGUAGUUGUGCUGGUUUAUGACCAUUGUUAAUGUGAGAACUUUGGGUAUACCUCUUCCCCCCCAAUUGUCGGUGAUGCCUCUCGAUACAGAUUACGUCUAAUGGAUACGCUUGGUACAUUUGGCAUAUUGUAUGAAAUGGUUACGAAACAUUAAUAGGAUCAUGAUUGAUAUCAAGGCAAAUAAGAGUUAUAUGGACCUCUCACACCUGCAGGCUAGAAUGAUGAAACGGGUGUAUGAUCGUGAACUAUGUCAUUUAAUGCGGUUGUAAAGUGAUCUCUAUUGUAAAGUGACACCUCUUGUGUUGUAGUAGUCAACUCACUCUCAGGAUGUCCACAUUUCAUGUACUGUACGACUCUUCUGAAAUGAUGAUCUUGAUAAGAAAAAGGUCUUUGUUAACGCAGUGGAAAGGUAAACUGCUUUAUUAUUUAAACAUUGAUAGUGCAUGGGUGACGGAGAGAAUUGAAAUGGUGCGGUUUGAAGCCAUGGAGUGGAAAGUGAUGCGGGUGCUGGAGAUGUGGGUCUGGGCAGGGGUGAAGUUGUGGAUUUUUGUAUGAUGUUGUCGUUUGUAUGUGUAUAUUUUGUAUUGUUUAUCAAAUAAAAUAUUUAAAAAAAAGGUAUUUGUUUAAACACAUCCGUUAUGUAAGUGUCACUCCUGUUUCAUUUAGCUUCAUAGUAACCAACGUUAACAGGCUUAGAAGAUCUUGCCUUAGAUUUAGGCCUCCCUCAUCACGCUCUCCUCAGAGAAUGGACACUUACAGAACAGAAUGACUACCUGUGCUUCUGUCACAGGAGCAAGCUGUUAUUUUGAUUUAUGGGCCCAUGUCAGCUGUUUAUCUUUCUACCCAACAGUGAGAAAGUGAAGUUGAAAUGCAUACCACCAACUGUAAUGUCAUGGAAGUUGUUUAAAAUAUCAGCUGUGUCUUAUAGACUAGACUGGACUAUACUAACAUCUUAAACAAAUCUGGGACACUCAAAUUAGUUUGAUAUGUUAUGUUUGAUAUGGUUAGUGCUGAUGUUGCUGAUGUUGUACCCACUGUGACUAUUAAAACCUCCCCUAACCAGAAACCAUGGAUUGAUGGCAGCAUUCGCGCAAAACUGGAAACGUGACCGAAUUCAAACGGUGUAGUUAUUCCCAUUCCCACCGCAAAGGAAAUCAAACAAUCAAAGCGUCAGUAUAGAGACAAAGUAGAGUCGCAAUUCAACGGCUCAAACGCGAGAUGUAUGUUGCAGGGUCUACAGUCAAUCACGGAUUCCUUUUCCGUGGCCAAUGUGAGUAAAACAUCUAAACCUGUUAACCCUCACAAGGCUGCCCUGCAAAGAUGGCCUCCCUAGCCAUGUCCUCAGAGCAUGCGCAAACCAGCUGGCUGGUGUGUUUACGGACAUAUUCAAUCAAUCCCGGGCUGCUGUCCCCACAUGCUUCAAGAUGGCCACCAUUGUUCCUGUUCCCAAGAAAGCUAAGGUAACUGAACUAAAUUACUAUUGCCCCGUAGCACUCACUUCUGUCACCAUGAAGUGCUUUGAGAGACUAGUCAAGGAUCAUAUCACCUUCACUAUACCUGAUACCCUAGACCCACUCCAAUUUGCUUACCGCCCAAAUAGGUCCACAGACGAUGCAAUCGCAACCACACAGCAUACUGCCCUAUCCCAUCUGAUCAAGAGGAAUAUGUAAGAAUGCUGUUCAUUGACUACAGCUCAGCAGUCAACACAAUAGUCCAAAUUCAUCAUUAAGCUGGAGGCCCUGGGUCUCAACCCCAACCUGUACAAUUGGGUCCUGGACUUUCUGACGGUCCGCCCCCAAGUGGUGAAGGUAGGAAACAACAUCUCCACCCCGCUGAUCCUCAACACUGGGGCCCCACAAGGGUGCGUUCUCAGCCCUCUCCUGUACUCCCUGUUCACACAUGACUGCACGGCCAGGCAUAUGACUCCUACACCAUCAUUAAUUUUGCAGAUGACACAACAGUGGUAGGCCUGCUCACUGACAAUGACAAGACAGCCUAUAGGGAGGAGGUCAGAGACCCGGCCGUGUGGUGCCAGGACAACAACCUCUACCUCAACGUGAUCGAGACAGUAGAGAUGAUUGUGGACUACAG